AUGUGUUCGACUAGCGACGAUGACAGCGACUCCGUAUCGUCGGACGAAUCGCUCGAGAUCAACUCAGACAUUGGUCUUGAGCAAGAUGUUGCCCGCUCAAAGUCUCCCAUUAUCACCGAGAUUAUAUCCGAUGAUGCUGCCGCGGAAGCCUCUUUUCAGCAGCAUCUUCAUGGGUCGCCAGACUCCAGCCCAGAGUCUGAAAAUGACGCCCUUGGGAACUCCCGCUCUGCUGUCGUGUCUCCUCGGGCUUAUCAGGUAGAAAUGCUCGAUGCGAGUUUGAAGCAAAAUGCAAUUAUUGUUAUGGACACGGGAAGUGGCAAAACUCAUGUUGCCAUCCUGCGUAUUAAAGCCGAGUUGGAUAGAUCCGAUUCCGACAAGAUUGUAUGGUUUCUCGCUCCCACCGUCGCUCUCUGCGCCCAACAGUCCGAAGUGAUACGACUACAAGCUGCUUCUGUAUCCAUCAAGAUGCUCACGGGCAAUGACGAUCUCAAUACCUGGUCAGGGAGUACAUGGGAAACUAUCCUGGACGGAGUACGCAUCGUGGUUUCUACGUACCAGGUCCUUUUCGACGCUCUCUGCCAUGCUUUUGUCACAAUGGACCAUCUGUCUCUCAUUGUCCUUGAUGAAGCGCAUCACUGUACUGGGAAGAAUCCAGGCAGCAAAAUAAUGAGCGAUUUCUACCAUCGGAGCAAAGCGUCGGGUCAGUAUACACCGUCAAUUCUGGGCAUCACGGCCACACCUAGCAUGACGGAAGACGUCCAAAACAUCGAGGCGCUUGAGGCAUUACUUGAUGCCAAGUGCAUCACGCCGACUAUACAUCGCCAAGAACUUUUAAAGUGCGCCAAGAGGCCGCAAAUACGCACCGUUCAGUACGACUCAUCACCACCCCUUCCUCUGACUCCGUCGAUGGAGCGGUUACAAUGCGAAUUUCGCAAUCUCGACAUCACCCGCGAUCCGCACGUCCUCAGGCUUCGAAAAGAUCCGAGUGAACGGAAUCGCCGUGCGCUAGUGAAUGCCAUAGAAAAGUACGACACCUUUGCCCAGAAUCAAAUCAAGGGUCUCUGGGGUCGCUGCAUCCAGACAUACCAUCAGCUUGGCUCCUGGGCUGCUGAUUUGUACAUUUGGAAAGCAGCCACCUCUUUUUUGGAUCGUAUCGACAAAAAUAACAACGAAAUGUUUCAGGAUUGGAACGAUGCCGAGAGGCAAUACCUGGCAGAAUUUUUACAUCGAGUCUCUCCGUCGCGCCCAACCCUUAUGCCUCAAAAUGGGGACGAAAUCUCCGGGAAAGCGAGCGCCCUCGUGAGCGAACUUCUUUCCAUGGAAGACGCGAUAGUCUGCAUAAUCUUUGCGAGAGAGAGGGCUACCGUGAGUCUUUUGCGCGACCUCCUUGUCUCAUGUCCCCGAAUAGCAGAGCGGCAUCGCAUCGGAUCAAUAGUUGGCUAUUCAAAUCAUCUUUCCAGGAAAAAGGCCUUGUACGAACCCUUGGCAGACAUGGACCAGAUGGCACUCCAGAAAUUUCGAGCUGGUGAAAUUAACAUCCUCAUCGCCACCUCUGUUUUGGAAGAGGGAAUCGAUGUACCAGCCUGCAACAUGGUGAUUUGCUUUGAUCACCCUGCUACGCCUAAAUCGUUUAUACAACGCCGAGGUAGGGCCCGAAUGAAGGACUCCCAACUGCUUUUGCUGAGCCAUUACUCUUCAUCAACCACGGCAAGAUGGGAGGCUCUUGAAGAAGAUAUGAAGGCCGUAUAUCAGGAUACACAGCGCGAAAUCCAACAAUUACAGAGUCUGGAGAAUUCUGAUGAGAAAUGCUCUGCCUUUUUCCAAGUGGAAAGUACUGGUGCAAGACUUGAUCAUGACAAUGCCAAACCUCACUUAGAGCAUCUCUGCAGGAUAUUGAGCAGGGGAGAAUUCGUCGACAGCCGCCCUGAUUACAUUAUCCACCGGCAUUGGCAUCCUGUCCAGGCCACUUUGAGCGCCACGGUGCUGCUUCCUUCUUUCUUCCCUCCCGAGCUACGAAGAGUCGAUGGAGAGUUUAACUGGCUCUCUGAAAAGGCCGCGACAAAAGAUGCGGCCUUCGUGGCAUACAGAGGACUCUAUGAAGCCGGCCUGAUGAGUGAACACUUGUUACCGCUGAAAUAUGAGGAUGCUCGUGGCGUUGAGAGCAGGGUCGCAGAAGCCGAGGUGGACGUGCUUUUCAACCCGUGGUGGAACGUGGCUAAAUUGUGGAAGAGCGCGCAGCAGGCAUGGCUCUAUUCGCUGACUCUUUAUGACGAGGAAUUUGGGCGGCUUGACUUUGGUAUCGUGCUUCCGAAUGAAAUGGAGCUGAAGCGGCCUAUUCGAGUCUUUGCCGACCGGCGGGCGAGCGGCCGGAUUCGGUUCAAGUCACGCCGCCUUAUAACGGCUGCCGAAGCCAGUUCUCUGCCGGACCAUACGUCGACGCUGCUGGCACUCCAUUUUUCUCAUCGAUGGCCUGUCAAAGAAGAAAGCCACGUCGUCAAGCUUUUUGUCGAUGGGCUUGACAUGUCAAUGAAAGAUAUCGGUGCCAGGAUGUUUGACCCGAGCGACAAUGAGGUCACUGGAGGUGGGUUCCUGGUUCGAGACAAAUCAAACAAGCCAUUUCACUACUUGGGCAUCACAUCUUGCAAGCCACCUGCGGAACAAGUGCAAAGAAAGUUCUUAAACUACGAAGAUGCGCCGCAAGACGUUCCUUAUCUGAUAGUGAAACGAUGGACGAGGCAAUCAGACUUUCUGCACCGAAACCGGUCAAAGAUGCAAGCUUCAGCAUGCCCCAAAACUUAUCCGCAAGUUCUUCCGCAACCUUGGGCAACAGUAGACCGAAUUCAACUUCGGUAUGCGAAACUUGGAAUGCUCAUCCCUUCCAUUCUGCAUGAGCUGGAGGUGACAUUGGUAGCAAAGGAACUGUCCUCAACCCUGUUAAGAAAGAUCGAUAUGACCGAUCUGGGACUUGUCAGGGAAGCGAUCAGCUCCCGGAGUGCAAACGAACCUGUCAACUAUGAAAGACUUGAGUUUCUGGGAGACUCUGUCUUGAAGUAUUGCGCCUCAAUUCAAGUUUCAGCCAUUCACCCCACCUGGCCUGAAGGGUAUCUGUCCCUGUUUAAAGACCGGCUGGUGAGCAACUCUCGACUGUGCAGAGGCGCCAGCGAGCAGGGGCUGGCUAAAUAUAUUCUCACCAAGGCAUUCACUGGCCUGAAAUGGCGGCCGCUCUACUUGUCCAAUCUAGACACGAAACCACAGUCUGCAGAGCCACCCCGCAAGCUCUCUACCAAGGUUUUGGCCGAUGUGGUGGAGUCGCUCGUAGGGGCGUCUUUCGUUACGGGGGGUAUAAAAGAGGCCCAGGUUUGCAUUGCGGAAUUCAUCAACGACAUCGAGUGGCAAGAUGUCAAUGCCUGCCGCGACAUGUUCUUCGCCAUGGCUCGAGAUGCAGACGUCCUUUCUCCCGAACUACGACCUUUGGAGGAAAUGAUUGGCUAUUCGUUCCAGAAGAAGGCGCUACUGAUUGAAGCAAUGACGCACCAAUCCUGCUUAUUCGACCGCGACCGGCGCUCAUACGAUCAUUUGGAGUUUAUCGGUGAUGCAGUCCUUGACCUCAUCGUUGUUCAUAGAAUGUUCUCAGUCAAGCCACCACUGUCCCAUCAUAAGAUGCAUGGUUUGAAGACGGCCGUGGUGAAUGGAGACUUUCUGGCCUUUUUGACCCUAGACUACAAAGUGAAGCGAUUCGAAGCGGCCCUGACAGACGACCUUCACGUCUACAAGAAGGAGACGACUCCGACGUCGCUGUGGAAAUUCAUGAGGCACUCUUCCGUGUCCGUGGGGAUUGAGCAAGCCGCGAUGCUGAAAAGAUACGAGCUUCUUGGUCCAGAUAUCUUGGCGGGGCUGCGAGGGGGCAGUCACUACCCUUGGGCUCUCCUGGCUCGCCUGCAAGCCAAGAAAUUCUUUUCCGAUAUUUUCGAGUCGCUACUCGGAGCCAUCUGGGUUGAUUCUGGGUGCAUUGAGAAGUGCGAGUCCAUGUUGGGGACGUUUGGCCUGCUGGCAUACUUGGAUCGUUUGAUCGACGACCGGGUUGAAGUCGAACACCCCAAAGAAGCCGUGGGAAGGCUUGCGUCUUCGGAGGCUGUCACUUAUGAAGUCGACGUUGAGAAGGGGGCGGGCGCCGGCGGCAAGCGGUUUACUUGCCGCGUACGUGUUGGCCAGCGAGUUGUUGCUGAAGUUUUUGACGGAGUGACAAACGAAGAGGUGAAGACAAAGGCGGCAGAGGAAGCCGUACGAAUCAUGACGAUGGAAAAGACGAAAGCCAUGCGCGCAGACGAGAACCUGGGUAGGGCUGCUGAAGAGCUGGGGGAGUGGGAAGAAGGAGGAGACUAUGUGGUGGGCUGA